AUGGGCGAUUGGCCUUCAGUUCGGCGGACCGCUCUUGUCGUGGCAAGUUUGCUAGGCUCGUGUCCCAGCCUGGUUCUAGGAGCACAAACCCUUGAGGCUGAUUCCAAGUUCGCCGCAAUCCGCAUGGACAGUGGCGAGGAUGUAAACAACAGCCUUGUUCUUGAAAGUUACGCGCUAAUGGUCGUCGGCAGCUCGCCAACGGCUUCAUUCAACCAGUUGAAGAUGCUCAAAUCGUACUUCAAGCUGCGCACGCCCCUGAGCCUACAACGCCCCGUCACCUCGGAGAGAAAGAAGACCUCCUGGCACGACUGA